GGUAGUGGUAACCUGGGUCGUUGCCAUCGACCCGCCGGGGGUUCGAUUCCCUCUUAAUGCAUUACUUUUGGUCCUGACGCAACUUUUUUCUUAUAUGAACGUUUUUGUGACUUCAUUAAGUACUUAAUUGCUCACCAUCCGCCAUUCAUGCUCAAUGCUAGCACUCGCUGGCCAGUCGCUUGUUCUACGGCUCUGCGCAUUGUGGAUUCUACAGGGCGUUCUCCAACAUCAUCCCGAAUCUUGGAGGUGAUAUCGCUUAAUCAUGCUGCAUUUUCAUCCGGUGUCGCUUUGCAUUGGAUUCCCCGGCGCGCAAAGAUGGCGCGAGGGUGGAUCGUCUGCAGGGAUCCAUUGUGGGCCACAUUCGGACCGCCGUCUACCGUCUCAAGCGCUUUCCAGCAACUUCGAAGCGCGGCAGACACCAAGACCGGGAACACUCGCCAAAGUCUAAAGGAAUCUGAUGCAAUAGAGACAGCCAACAGUGCAACGGGUGCUGCGGAUGCCACUAGAGCGCAUCUGUUUCAGUUCGGUGAUGAGUGUUCAAGCCAUUGGACAGGUCUUAUAUGUCUUCAAAAGCAAGCUGCAGAACGUGCACGUAUAGAGCCUGAGAAGUUUCGGUUAUUGGAGAACGAAAAUAUGCAGGCGAAAUCGAACACGAGCGAUCAAGUAACAGGUCACUCCAGUGACAUCCUUACUAGUCUCAAGCCCUUGACACACAGUCGACCAUGCAGUGCGGGCCAGUUUUCACGUGGUGUGCACACAAGUGCGGCACAUGCGCUGCCUAAUGAUAGGACGGUCAAUUGCAACCCCAAAAAUGCCAGUCAUGCCGACAAUAUUAAAAUUGAGUUCCCACAGAUUGACACUAACUACGACACUCGUCCAAGUCGGAAUGGCGAGAGAAUCAAUACGAGACACCGAUUAAUUCGCUAUGUUAGAAAUAUCAUCCAAUACAAAUAUGGAACAAGAUAUGACGUGCAGCCCUAUGGAAGUUCGGUGUAUAUGCCAAUGCAAGAUCUGUCAACAACAGGAGAUGGAGACUUGGAUCUUGUUGUGCUUGAUUCCAAGUGGCCACAAGGUUUUUCUCCGGAAAUGGACAUGGAGCAUCUACCUCUCAUCUACCAUACUAGAAAGCUUGCUUUGACAAUGCGAUAUGCAGGCUUCACUGACGUUGAGGCAAUUCCCUGGGCCCGGGUUCCCAUUGUUAAAUUCACCGAUCCUUCAUCUGGGCUUCACAUCGACAUAAAUGUGAACGAGAGGCUGGGGUUGAUGAACACUGACCUUAUCAAGACAUAUUGUGAUGUCGUACCCAGCCUUCGUUAUUUAGUAUCUGCCAUUAAAAAAUGGGCUCGUCCAAGGGCCCUCAAUCAACCCUCUGCCUCUGGAGCACUCCAAACUUUCAAUUCCUAUGCCUUGGUGCUUAUGACGAUUGCAUGGCUCCAGACCAGGGGCUUGGCUCCGAGACUUCAAGUUGGCUUUCAGCCAAUGGGAUCCAAUGAGGAUCUAUUAUGGAUGCGGCCAACAAACUCAUCCAAGCGGAUACCUUGUGAUACACGAUAUCGCAAGCCCACAGCGUGGGCAACACCACGCAUGGAUGCAGUGGACAACCUCGUAGAGGAAUGGUUCAGGUUUUGGGCUCAUUUUCAAUUUUCGCGUCAUGUAAUUGACAUCAAGCGUGGAGGCGUUUUCCCCCGCAUUCCGCAUUUUGAAGGAGCUGCGCAAUCUGACCACGUCUCCCGACGCCUUCGAUCUGAACUCCACAAUAGUUGGUCGGCGGUUCUUGGUCCCGAUGUGGAUUCGAUGUCAAUGUUAGAACGUUAUCCAAUUUCUGUCGUAGACCCAUUCAUUCGAUCAAAAAACGUCACCAGGAACAUUAACGCUCAAGCAUUACACAUGUUUCAGGCUGAGUGCACGAGUGCUGUCGGGCUAUUGGAGCGGGGCGUCGACAUGGCGGAUAUCAUUGAUGGAUUCGACAUGCUUAAGCAGGAUCUCAGUGGACAUCGGAUGGCUAGGCUACAGCAGAGUCGAAAGGACCCUCCAUUCAGGACUCCUGCAGAGUCCCCGCUGAGUGAGGUCAGAACCUUCAAUGUGGCACAUCUGCAGAAACUUGACGCUAUUUAUCAUUAGAACCUUGUUUCACGACGGCUU